AUGGAAGAGGAAGAGGAGGAGGAGGAGUUUGACUGGUUCUCCUCUAUCGGCGCUACAGACGAAGCUGUUGCUGUCCUCAACGACCAACCCAUUAUUUUCACCAUCCUCUUGGUGGUCCUUGUGGCUGUCAUUCUGCAAAUCGUCCUUCUCUGGUACAUUCACUAUGCAACUAUGAAGCCCGAGCAGCGCAAAGCAAAACAGGACAAGAAGGAUAAGAAGAAAGCGGGCAAGACUGCAAAGCCAAGCAAAUAA